CCUGUGCAAACAUAAACGGGAACACUUUAGUACUGAAAGCGUUAAUUCGUCAGUCUCUGUUUUGUUUUGAGCUAAAGGCCUGCAAUUUAUGCUAAACGUGAGAAUACGAGCGUAAGUCACUCUGUGUUUGUGUGUGUGUGAGUGAGUGUUUAUUUUAUUGUUUUCACUCUGGCUUAUGACAUGCUUGGGCAGUUUGGCACAAAAUUAUGGAAACCCAGUUCAUGCAGCAAAUUUGCUGCAAAUGACACAAUGAUGACAUUAGAGGUAUCAGGCUUUUAAACAAAAUUACGGUUCAUGUAAUGGUAGAAGUAGAAACAGAAUGUUGUUAAAUACAAAGUGUUUGUGAUUUUUCCUCACGACACACCAGAAAUUGAGUACUUUUAUUAUGACUUUUUUUUCAGGAUCUUGAUCCAGAUGACAGACAGGUAUGCUAUUGCCUGUUCAUGUACUUAUUCGAUUCUUGUGAUGAGGCAAUAGCAGGCUGCUGUGUUGUAAUUUUCCUUAAAGUUCAGGUAUUUUUUCUGUGAGUUUAAUGUCCUUUUGCUGGACACAAAUAAAUCAGUCUGAAGGCAUGAUAUGAUUACAUGAACUUGGUUCAGUGGUUGAAGUUACCUAAAGAAGAAAGUAAAAAUAGAAAAUACCAAAGUCAAGUCCUUACAUGUGCAUCUGAUCAUAGAAAUGCAAAUGUCUCUUCCAUUGUUAGAUGGGGUGCAUUAAUCAUUCCAGUAAUGAUUUGUGUGACAUUAUUGUUUCCCUGAUAAUAUUAAUAAUAACAGUAUCUAUAUUGCACAUAUCCAUGCUUUACAGCAUACUCUGUGUUGACUCCUCGACGUAAGACUCCGCCGUAUGUCACUUUUCAAAAUGAUGUAUGACGGAGUCUUACACUAAGCAGGUGAUGUGCUUUACAACUACACAAGUGCUUUCACUCCAACAAAUCGUUGAUUAUUUUACAUAACACUAUUCGUGUAGUGUAUAACUAGACUGUCUGUUUACAAACACACCACUGUACUCAAUAAAGGAAUCUUGGACUUUAUUUGGUGUCCAAUAAUGCUUCAUACGCUGAACUCUUUGAGGCCAUUUUUUAAAUAUAUUCUAUUCUGAGACUGUCGAUUGUUGUACAUGGCAUCAAACUAUAAAUAUCAGUGGAAUUAAAACUUUUCCUUUUUUUUUGGUGUUAAUCUCAUACUUUUCAGAAUACGAUGGCAGAUUUUGUGGUACAAGACGUCUCUGACUUGGUCAGCAAGGAGGAUGAUGGUCCUGCAGCUGUGUGGACUCUGGAACAACCUGAAGACGGGGACCUACCGCAGUGGAUCAAGUCAAGGCUGGGGGAGAAUUACGUGGUGAAACUGGUAGCUCCCACUGGAAGUGAGUGCUGCACAGUGGAGCAAGAUUCCGCUCAACAUGACAAUGGUUCUCCAAGGGAAGCAGAGGGUUCUAUAGAAUUGUCGUCAGCUGACACAAUGGAGAAGAGUAGUUUUUAUUCUGUUUCAGCCCCCAUUAUUUGCUCACAGGGUUACAAAGCACCCAAGAGCCACCCCAUGCUCAAGGAUAACGACGCUGAAAGAAGUGCAGAAGCCAUCGCCUUGUCCGUUAGCGGGGAGGGGGUUCUCCUACAGUCCAACAACCUGGCAACGUCCCCGGACCUCAAUCUAAAAGCAUUGCUUCAAAUGUUGGAAAAGAAUUCCGAUACCGUUGCAGAAGCUGGUUGUAACAGUGACGUUCUGAACACAAGUGAUUCCAACAGUCUGAGCGACAUGACCCUGGACGGGGGGCAGCUGUGCAGCGCCGGCACAGAGAGCAGUAGAGAUGUACUGGAGGCUGGCGGUGCUCAAAAACCGCUGCUUUUGCGGGGCACUGUCCCCACGGCCACGGUGCACUCACUGGGAGUGGUGCACCCAUCACAGUUUAUACACCAGCCUCUAGAGACAAGAGGAGAUGUAGCCAACUCCUGGUCUUACAGCGUCCAACUGCCGGGGUCAGACACAGUAUCUGCAGAUGAAACUGGCUUGUACGCCUCCUCCAAGGAAUGUUUUGAGAAUGAUGAACGGUUGGCCUCAGAUAUAGAGACACAGUUUGGACGAUAUUCUCCUUCGUGCAAGUCUGUCGGGCGCCGAGCUCUCAAUAGGUCAAAAAGAGGCCGCAGGAGGAAGCCUAUUCGCCAGUUUCACUCUGAGCUGUUCAUGCGGCCAUAUUUCAGACGUGAGCAGUCGCCACAGCUGCAACUUGUGAAACUUGUCCGGCAGAAGUCUCAAAACGAGGAUGAAAAAGCUGCUCUUGCCUUAGAACAGAUGGUCCAUGAGAAGGAGAAACUCAAUUGUGUUGAUAACCCAGAGCUUGCCUUCAUGAAGACUAUAGAUAUGCCCAGUGGGAAGAGGGUGGAGGACAUCUACGUUGUCCCGAGUGUCUGGAUCAGUGAUGAGAAAAAACAAGCACCCUCGGAUCUAGAGUCCCAAGAGGCAAACCUGGCUCUUAGUGCUGCACUAGCCGGAGAGAAAGGUUACCAUGAUGUGGGUGAGUCGCCCCAAAUGCCUCUAAGAGUUUAUCAGUGUGAGGGUCACCACGGGGCUCUGGCAGCAGUAUCUUCUUCACACAUUAUGAAAAACUCCUCCGUGAAUGUGCACCAGUACAGACAUAUCUUGCCUUCUUCUUUCCCCCUAGCCCGGCGCAAAAUACUCUCGGUGCCUGUGCUGUUAGAUUCUCAGGCACUAUCGCGGGGUCCUGACCUGGGUAAAGGGAUGAAAGGUCACAUCAUCACCACUCUCAACGCGCCCAAGUUGGAGCCAGUUCCAACCUUGAGAGAUCUGUGCCGUGCCGCUCUGGGCUUCCGAGAGUACAGACUAGGUUGCGUCGGAGAGAUAAUCCGUGAUAACAUUUCUCCAUCCAAGAAACAGCUGGAGAAAUUUGUCUCAUUAUCCCCAGAAGAGGAGGAGGAGGAGGAGGAGAAAAUACUGGAGGAGUGCAGCAGCUCUAGAGUGAUGAGUCCCAAAGAGUUUCUCGACAUGAAGGAAGACAUGUCAGAAGGGAAGCCAAUUUCAGUUCCGAGGGAGGAAGAAGCCACAAGCAUCUUGUCCUUUUCGGAAGAGGAUGAAAAAGUUUCUGGAACGGAUCCCUCUAAUACUAUUGAUGCCACCAACGGAGUACAAGAAGGGCUGGGAGUCAAACCUGGGGAAAAUACCGACUCGCCUUGCUCACUGCCUGGCCUGAUGAUGGGUCAAACGAUGAACUUUGUGUCAGAAAAUCCUUUGGAAAAAUUAGAAAAUAAGAGAGCUGUUCCAUGUGACUUGAAGGAUACGAUGGGCACGAAAAUGCUGUCAAACGAGCCUUCGGAAACAACUCGUGAACAUUUUUGCUUGGAUGAUGAUCAAGAGAAGCCUAACAAGUUUGUGAAAUCUAGACUGAUCGGCAACGACGGUGAACAAAAUGUGUUUACCCAUGAGGAACAGGGAUUUGAGGCCAACGAUAGGACUGAUUCUCACAAUAACAUUGUUAUUCCUGUGGUCAGCUUUGAUUGUAAAGAUGCUCAUCCUUUACCUCAGGCUGAUGGUGAGUCUCACAACCCAGUUAUUCCCCGCUUACCACAUGCCCUCCCCAUGAGCCACCAUAGCGGUAGUCGGACUGUGGAAAGGUUUGACAUCACCCCAGGGGAAACAGCAACCAGCACUAAACCCGAUCCUUCUGUAGUUUCCAUCACUAAACAAAUAAAACAUUUAUCCUGCUUGGAGCCCUUGAACAAGCCUUUAGCAGAUCUGGCUGCUACGUUGAACGUGCUGUGCAACGCAGAGAGAACUUUGUGCAAUGCUGAUUUCGCUGCCUAUAGACAGGUGAAAGGGACACAAGAAUCCAGGUCGGGGAGUCUCAACAUGUGUAUCUUGAGGCUGGGAGAAGCUGUCGUCACCGUCGGCAAUACGCUGCAAGCCUGGGCCAAGGACGUCAGUGGAAACCGCUGUUUCAAGACCAUAGGCAUCCUCACAGACUCGUACAACACUAAUAUCGUUACUCUGAUCGAUUUGAUCACGCCGUACUUCCACCACAUCUGUGAACUUAUAGCUAACUGUCGAAUGGACCCUUCCACUAAAAACAAACACCUUCUGUCGGCUAUUUCUCAAGAUGGCGACCCUUUUUCCUCCAGCUACCAAGACUCCUACGAUGUGGGUCGGUGGUGCAGUGCCACAGUGUCGUCAUCCAGUACUCCAGCUGCCUCUGAUCCCCCUCUCUCGUUUACUCACGUUUCUCAUCAAUUAGCAGCUCCUCCUGCUCCUCCUGUGGAUGGUCAACGUGAUGGGGACUGGUUCUACAGCUUGGAAGAAGCACACCGAAAUAAUUACGUCCAGCUUGCAAUGAAACCCAAUCUUAGCAGGAUGAAGUCCCCCGGCUCUUUUAAAAUUAAAGCAGGGUCUAAACGAGGCAGGCCCACCGGCUCCAAGAACUGCCAGAAGCGGAGAAAAGUCAGUUUACUGAGGUGCAGAAAACCUUUGCUGGAGAUAGAUCAAAACAAGCUGAAUCCAUCGACACCGAGAAACGUGCUGAGUGUUUCAAGUGUAGAAUCCUCUACAAGUUGCGAGGAAUUAAAAUCCCACAAUGUACCCCACUCCGGUCUCGUGGAAAUUCCAUCUGAGAAUUUCUGCAGCCCAUUGAUUAUGUCCAAAGUACAACAACAGCAACAACCACAGCCACACACGUACCAGGCGAUGAUACGCUCAGGGAACGGAUUGUGUGAGUCUCUCCCGAAACCUGACCAAAUGGUCACUACGUGGACACUUCCAGUGAGGACUUACUGCAGCACAGGAGAUCCCUCCUCAAGUCAACACAAGCUGCCUCCCACAGAAACAGAUGAUGACAAGUCGGUGCUGUAUCAGGCUGUAGCUGGCUCAGGAUAUGAAGCUUCAGUCGUGGAAGAGGAUUCAAAUUGCAGCAUGGACUUACGCAAUGGUCAAAAGCUAGAUGAAAAUGGCGAGUGUAAGUCAAAGUUUAUGUAAAAUGCUCAAGGUUCCAUUAUGAAAAGAAACUAUUUCUUUCAGUUCUCUUUUCAUUAGGGCGGAAGCGCAGACGAAAACAAACAAAAGAAAAGUGUGAGAGAAUGAGAGACCUGGAGAUAAUAAUAUAU